AGUAUAAUACGUAAGGUUUACAAUUAGUUUCGUUAGUUUCGGGUUUUAAUAGGCCUACAACCUAUAAAAAUAACGUGCUAUUAAUCUUUAUUUUAAAUGUGGGAAAAUGUUUAAGUUUAGGCUACAUAUUUUCGGCGUGUUAUAGCCUAUAUUUUUAAGUAACACAAUUCAUUUAUGAAGCAAUUUCUCUUCUUCUCCAUGCUGUUAUACCGAUUGCACGCGGCUGGUUCUCGGGUGUUUUCCCCCUAAUUCAGAUCUGAACUCCAGGCGCGCGGCGCGCAUCACCCCGCGGCUUCUGUCGGAGCUUCUCUGUAGUGUGUUUGAGUGGCAGUUAGUGAAGCGUCAUUGGCUCUUCAGAGGGGCAGAGCCACGCCAAUCACUCACAUCCCGCUCCGGCAUAAGAGCCGGUGCGUAAGACGCGCGCCUAUUCGCGCUUUCACUACUGUCACUACUAAUACUGGACCCGAUAAAGGAGCCUGUUGUUAUACUGGGCAUUUAUCGUGCUUGUAUUUAUAAAGUUCGCGCUCUCGCUGAGCGUUCUUGAAGGCGAAUUUCUAAUUUCGUAUGUGGAAUAGACUGCGACAUGAUUUGAAUUCUGUAGCGUUUGGACAUCUCCGACAGCGGGCGGAGACAAACAUCUAUUCAGUGGUCUCUCAAGAAUGGAAAAGAGUCUUCUGCCUGGACCAAACGAUAUUGUGAUGGCUACCCCACCAGGUUCAUUUCAGCAGGAGCCGCUCACGCCUCCAAGAUCCUCCCUAAAGCCCAACCAAGUUGGGCAGGUCAUCCUCUACGGAGUGCCUAUUGUCUCGCUGGUGAUUGACAGUCAAGAGCGCUUAUGCCUGGCUCAGAUAUCCAACACCCUGUUAAAGAACUACAGCUACAACGAGAUCCACAAUCGUCGAGUGGCUCUGGGCAUCACCUGCGUGCAGUGCACCCCGGUCCAGCUCGAGAUCCUCCGGCGGGCGGGCGCCAUGCCCAUUUCCUCCCGCCGCUGCGGCAUGAUCACCAAACGGGAAGCGGAGCGACUUUGCAAGUCUUUCCUCGGUGAGAAUUCCCCACCCAAGCUGCCAGACAACUUUGCGUUCGACGUGACACAUGAAUGCGCUUGGGGCUGCCGGGGAAGUUUCAUCCCGGCGCGCUACAACAGCUCCCGGGCUAAAUGCAUCAAGUGUUCCUACUGUAAUAUGUACUUCUCCCCUAACAAAUUCAUCUUCCACUCGCACCGCACACCCGAAGCCAAGUACACACAGCCAGACGCUGCCAACUUCAACUCCUGGCGUCGGCACCUUAAACUGACAGACAAAACGGCAGUGGAGGACCUGUUGUUUGCCUGGGAGGACGUAAAAGCCAUGUUUAACGGAGGAAGUCGCAAGAGGGCACUUCCGUCCUCAAACUGCUCGGCCAUGGGCUCCGUCAAGGCCAUGAACUUAGUUCUCCCCCACAUGAUUUCUCCGGAACUGGCCCAGAAGAGAGGCCGGUACGAGGACAAUGAUGAGUUGGAUUCCAACAGCCUCUCACCUCGAAAGGCCCCCCGCAGUUACCCGGUCAUUCCGGUUCCGAGCAAAGGUUUCGGGAUGUUGCAGAAGUUCCCAACAACGUCACUAUUCCCCAGCCCCUACACCUUCCCAGCAUUCGGCCUGUGCCCGCAGAAGAAGGACGACAGCGAGGCAGCUAACGGACAGAAAAACAGCGGCCUCUCAGGGCUCCUUUGGCCCGGCCGCAAGGACGCUUUUUACCCGCCCUUCUGCAUGUUCUGGCCUCCGAGGGCAACUGGGGGUAUUCCGGUGCCCACUUACCUCCAACCCCAACCCAAUGCACUUUCCUCCCUCACAGAAAGCCCAUCCCUCAGACAAGCCUUUUUGGAUCUGUCUGAACAGGGUGAUGCCGGCUUGGAAACGAACCCCAGAUCCGGGUUGUUCGAGAGCGACUGCCCGCCCGUGACCUCUGACCUCCGACCCACCCCGGAGGGCUGGCUAAAGCUGCUAGAUGCUCCUUCGCUGCAAGCCCGCAAGGCCAGUUACCACUCCGCAUUCCGGCCGGUGGUCAAAGACACGGAAAGCAUUGCCAAGCUCCACGGCAGCCUGGAGGACUUUGGGCCGGAGAGGCACCUUUCUCCUGGCACUAGCUGCAGCUUCCAGAGCGACAGCGGUGAAAGCGACGAGGAGCAGGAAGUGGAUGUGGAGACGAAACAGGAUGAGGAUCAGGAGGACUUCACCAACCGUGUGGCGCAGACGUCCCCACAGACGCCGCAGCAGCCGUGUGGCCUGCACAUACGCGGGCUUCCCAACAGCAGUGCGGGGGAUCAGGCCAAAGAACAAGCCUCCUUCCCAACCGUUCCCACUGAGACCUCAGCAGAGGACAAACCCGGCCUCACUGUCAGUCCGCCCACCAUCCUCAAAGUCCCCAGUCCCGUUCACGGCUCGCUGGAGGAAAGCGCCGCGUACAGAAAUGCUCACAAGAGCAGAGACGAUGGGCUGCCAGCAUAUGCAAGCAAAAACAAAAGCACCAUCUCAGAUGACAACAAAGAGCAGAGCAGCUUUUUCGUCCCAGAGACAGAAACGUUGGCACCCGAAUACUGGCGGGAGAAUCCAACAGACCAAAGUCAAGACUCAAACUCUCCCGUAUCGCUCAAGAAGGAUGUUGAGAACAUGGAAAAAGAGGAACUCCAGAAAGUUCUCCUUGAACAGAUAGAUUUACGGAGGAGACUGGAGCAGGAGUUUCACGCUCUGAAAGGCAGCUCUCCAUUUCCAGUUUUCCAUAACUUUCAGGACCAAAUGAAGAGAGAACUGGCUUACAGGGAAGAAAUGGUGCAGCAGUUACAGAUGAUUCCCUAUGCAAACAUCAUUAGAAAAGAAAAGGUCGGGACACAUCUAAACAAAAGCUAAAUGGUCAAUUUGUCUGAAACGAAAUCAAGCUGCUCUCAACAUCUCAACACAACGAAAGCAACCUCUUCACCAGAUCAAAAUGUUGAACGCUGCCUUUGACAGACCACCUCAACAAUGUCCAUCUCCAAUCAAACCAAAAGGCAUCAGUGUACUGACGGAUACACAGUACCAUUAAAUGCAUCUACCAAUGAUUUAGAGUUCAUUUGAGGUAUUUCCUGUACAGUAACCCCACUUUGAUUAUUUAUGAACUUAUUUAAGUUUGUUUAUUACCCAUGCAUUCACUUGUUUACUGAUAACAGCAAACUGUUCAAUUAUAUUAGCUAUAGCUUGUAAAUGUACAAAAGGAGGCUGUGGAGGGAACGGGUUGCUCUGUGGCUGAUGAGCGAUCUGAAAGUGUGUAAACCUUUCUUGUUUUGCCUGUUUAAAUACCACAUUGACAAACACAAGUUUAAAAAUGUUAUUAUUAACUGUUCAUGCAAAUGUAUUUAAAUAAGUUCUUGUAGUUUCUCUACUAUUUAUGUGGAUAAUUAAAAGUCUAUGAUAUGAAAA